AUGUCUGGUUCAGGUGCUUCCGGUAACAAAUUCCGUAUGUCUUUAGCUUUACCAGUCGGUGCUAUCAUGAACUGUGCUGAUAACUCUGGUGCCAGAAACUUAUACGUUCUCGCCGUCAAGGGUGUCGGUGCCAGAUUAAACAGAUUACCAGCCGCUUCCGCCGGUGAUAUGGUUAUGGCUACCGUUAAGAAGGGUAAGCCAGAAUUAAGAAAGAAGGUUAUGCCAGCUAUUGUUAUUAGACAAUCUAAACCAUGGAGAAGAAAGGAUGGUGUCUAUUUAUAUUUCGAAGAUAAUGCUGGUGUUAUUGUUAAUCCAAAGGGUGAAAUGAAGGGGUCUGCUAUUACUGGUCCUGUUGCUAAGGAAUGUGCUGAUUUAUGGCCUAGAAUUGCUUCUAACUCUGGUGUUGUUGUUUAA